AUGUGGUCCUUGGAUCACCUGGUAACGACGGUGCAUCACACUAUCGAUGCCUACAAAACAACUGGCUACAGACGGUACCUAUUGACUGUACUGAUCCAAAUUUUCAACCUAGCUUAUAAGUUCUCUCGGACUACACUGAGUGCUACCAUGAAUUGCAAUGAGGAACCAGGACGUGGCAAGCACGAAAACGCCCAAAAGAUAAGGAUGGAUGAGGUGGCUGGCUUGCUGCCGAGAUGGUUUAAGCGAUUUAAUUGCAUUUUGGAGCUACGUGGUUGCGUGUGGGUCCAGUUGCAGAGGCGCGAGAGACGACGUGCUGCCUUGCCCCUUGGGCGUCCGAUUUUGGUGCACUGA